GAUUCCUCUCUGCGAGCUCGACGAAAGGCUGCGCCUGCGUCCAUCAGCAUGAAGAAUCAUGAGCGAUUCUACCCCACAAAGACUGUCGUCCAGCGUCGAGUAUCCUUUGCGGGAACAGAUUUUGAUGAUGACACCGAUUUUGAAGCCAGUGAUUCUGAUGAAGAGUCUCUGAGGCAAAGCAUGAUAUCGCUUGCUCAUGAAAGUACCACCACCGCAUCAUCGCCAGAUGUCCCAACCCCUAAUGAAGCAAAGAGGCCCCCUCCUCUAAACCUUGAGAAGGCUUCGCUGGUUCGGGGACCAAAUGGCCCACAUCUAUUCCGAGAUUCUCGAGGAUCAUCGAUCUAUGAGCCAUCAACGGCUGAGAUUGACCUCUAUUUUGAGCGAUCUCCGUUACAAAGCGAAUUUACUCGCUCCGUUGACACGCCCAAUCAGUUUCCUUUCUCUCCGAAUACUCCCCACCGCUUCCCCUUCUCUCCAAAGACCCCUAAGGCUUUCACAACGGUUCACCCUGAUGUAUCCCAGGUGGAUGAAGAGGAGAUCAUGAUGUGGAAACCCAGCCAGGUCGCACAUUGGUUGCAUGUCGCUGGUUACAACGACCUUGUAAUCGAGAAGUUCGUUAUAAACGAUAUCAACGGAACUGUUCUUCUCAGUCUGCAGAUUGAUGAUCUGAAGGAGUUGAACAUCCACUCUUUUGGCAUUCGACACCAGGUUAUGGCUUCAAUUAACCAUUUGAAGGCCACAAUGCACAGAGGUGGUAUGAUCCAUCCCGAGCCCUCACUAUCAGGGGCCUCGUUGUCUCAGACUUCGGAAUCACGUCGUUCAAUGUCUCUUGCUUCAGAGUCUCACGGUCCCUCGGCCGCUAAGCGAUGCUCUUAUGCUAUGUCCGUAUCUCCCAAGGGUGAGAUUCUUUCUCACCACUUCCAAGGACAUCCUGGCAACCAACAAGCAGCCGACGCUGUCUCUAUUGUGGGCAUUGAACAACUCCUUCCCAAGCCCCACAGCUGCUCAAAGGGCGAAAAUUGCUCCAAGUUUCAGCGCCGUCAGCGCAAACUUGAGAAGCUCAAGGCUGAAUUUCCCGAUGCCUUCAUGCAAGAUGGAGCUAUAAUUGCUGGCAGUCCUGGAAACCCAGAAACUGCCAGGAACAUGCUCCGGCCUUACUCCGAUGCUCAGCCCUCGGUGGUUGCCUCGUCUGCUGUGUUUGGUCCUGGAUCAGGACCCGGGCUUUCUGAGGCUGCUCUCAGCGAGAUCCAGAAAUUGGAUCCUCGCGAAACAAUCCGUAACUUCCUCAACUACCAGCACGUUGAUGGAGCUCAACCUACACUGGAUACGUCUAACCUGCCACCGCUUGACCACUAUGGCAUCUACUCACCACCUGAGGAGUUCUCAAGCAAUAUGGCUGCAAAGCUACGCAACCUUCCGAACUUGACCAUCCCGUCAAGUCCCAAUACGGAAGACAUGACAACUGCCGUGACUACUAACCCUCCCACUGCCGGGGGCUUUGGAUCACCCACAGCGAUCCAACAAUACGGCCCUUUCUCAAAGGCAAGCGAGAUUGAAGCUUGCCGCCAGGGCACUCCAUUCUCAGAGAUGGAUGUACCCAUCACCGCUUUCCCCAGCGGACCAAUUUGCCGUGAUGCCUCGCAGUCUGUUCCCCCAGACAUGCAGUACCGUCCCAAUGCAUUAAACAACGGGCCCUCGUACCCACCCUACCGUGAGCCUAUCGCACGCACUCAGACCACUCGUCCCCGUGCUACGUCAACCCUAAACAGCGUUCAAGAAGGCAAGGCCUUGGGUCCCAUUGAAACCCCAGACGAUCUGCACCGCAGUCCCCGAAUGUUGCAAAACGGGUACGUGAACCCCAAGUCAUCCCUAGCUACAGACCCAGAUGUCAGCCACGCUGGCUACAUGAAGAAGCGCAACAAGCCACACCUUCUUCGUCACGACUGGCAGAACGCCCACUUCACGCUGCGCGGCACCAAUUUGGCCAUGCACAAGGAUGAAGUCGAAGCGCACCGCCUGUCUCUUGCUCUGGACAACAUCGAUGUUGAUGACUACUCCGUUGCUUGCUCGUCGCUGACGACUAGCUCCAAGCUCAGCGCUGGAUUCAAGAAGAACAUUCUACGCAUGGGCAAGAACUCAGGCAAGGAUGACACUGCCUUUUCCUUCUCACUUAUCCCAGCUUCCAAGGAGAAUGAGAAGAAGGCUCUCUUCGGUCACAAGGAUGGCAUCAAGACACACCAUUUUGCCGUCAAGUCACGCGAAGAGCGCAUUGACUGGAUGCGUGAGCUUAUGCUCGCGCGGGCCCUGAAGAAGGGUAAGGAGAACAACGAUGAGGUUCUCAUUAAUGGAAACAUGAUUUAA